AAGUGUGUCUCAGUAAAUCGCCAUCUUGAAACCCUUAUUUCUGUCUUCAUGUUGCGUAUUACGCCCCUUGUUGAUAAAAAACGACAGUAAUCAGCUGUUAUUUAAACCUUUAUUUUAAAACGUACGAAAAUAAGGAGCCAGGACGCUUUAUUUAAAAGCUAUUGUAACUGGCUAAAACCAUGCAAAAGUAUGAGAAGUUGGAGAAGAUAGGAGAGGGUACAUAUGGGACCGUUUUCAAAGCUAAAAACAGAGAAACGCAUGAGAUUGUGGCCCUCAAACGAGUGAGACUGGAUGAUGAUGAUGAGGGGGUUCCAAGUUCAGCAUUACGAGAAAUUUGCCUCCUGAAAGAACUGAAGCAUAAAAACAUUGUAAGGUUGCAUGACGUCCUUCACAGUGAUAAGAAGCUCACAUUAGUGUUUGAGUUCUGCGAUCAGGAUUUGAAGAAAUACUUUGACAGCUGUAAUGGUGACUUGGAUCCAGAGAUUGUCAAGUCCUUUAUGUACCAGUUAUUGAAGGGUCUUGCCUUCUGCCACAGCCGAAAUGUUCUCCAUCGAGACCUUAAACCACAAAAUCUGCUCAUCAACAGAAACGGUGAACUGAAGUUAGCUGACUUUGGCUUGGCCAGAGCGUUUGGAAUACCUGUACGAUGUUAUUCUGCUGAGGUGGUGACGUUGUGGUACAGGCCACCGGAUGUGCUAUUUGGUGCUAAGCUAUACUCUACCUCUAUUGACAUGUGGUCUGCAGGGUGUAUAUUUGCAGAACUGGCAAAUGCAGGACGGCCCUUAUUCCCUGGUAAUGAUGUGGACGACCAGCUAAAGAGGAUCUUUAGAUUGCUGGGAACACCGACAGAAGAACAAUGGCAGACUAUGAAUAAACUUCCAGAUUAUAAGCCGUACCCAAUGUAUCCAGCUACUACAUCACUUGUGAAUGUCGUCCCGAAACUCAGCAGCACUGGCAGAGACCUUCUACAGAAUCUUCUGAAAUGCAAUCCAGUACAGCGAAUUUCAGCAGAGGAAGCCCUACAGCACCCUUACUUUGCCGAUUUCUGCCCACCCUAAAUGUCAGAUCACCACAACUUCAUUUAGGAACAGAUGAUGGGCCAAUCUUACCUCGUAAAACCCCUUCAACACCUCCAUCUUUCAGCUCCGCUCACAUCUGCUAGAUCGAGGGACCGUGAAACACUCCUCCCCCUUAAAGUUUAUGAUUUGAUCAUAUGGAUAUGAUGAUAGUGACACUCUCUAAUGCAGAGUGUGGUGCUGUUAUCCUACAUAAACCAUGUGUUUGACUAGAGUCUCCAAAAAUACCUUUAUUAUAUUAGUGUGUUCACCCAAAAAUAAACAUUCGCACAUGGAAAUAAGCUGCAUGAAUAUUCCUCCGCAUACAGGCGGAAUAACUUGAGGGUGAGUAAAUCUUGACCAGAUUUUCAUUUUUGGGUGAACUAUUUGUUUAAAUGUCAAAGAUGCUGAUGAUCAUCACCAAAAUUUCAGUCUUGUCCCUACGCGGUUCAUUUAGUUGAUUGCCAAAUGUGCUUCAUAGGUCUUUAAUGGUUUACAAAAUGCUGCCGUCAAGACUACUGAAAGCAGCGUUUUCUUUUCUUAUUUGUCAAAGAUCAAAUCAGCAGUAUCAUUUAAUAAGGUACAGCACACAUACUUGAUUUAGCAUGUUAAAAUAUAUAGUAUUUAAAAAAGUUACUUUUGUGUUGUACAUUUGGUAAGGGUAUAGGAAAAAGAGUAGAGUCCUUAUUGUGUGACUAAUUUGCCAUUUUCUAUGAAUGAGAUUUUAGCUGUAAUUUUAAACAAUUUGGAUAGUGUUUUCUUUUUAGUUUUUGAGUUUUUCCCCUUCCCGCCACAAAUUUAAGCAAGUCUAGUAUUUCAAAUGGACUUUUUUCAUUAGAAUAAGCUGCAUUUGGAUUCAAAUGUGUUCACGUAGAUUAAGAAAGGGUGUUGAGAAAACUUCUUUUGUAUAGUGGACCACAAAAAUUGCCUUUAACAGUCGGAGCAAUAGCUGUGUGUAAAAGAACGAUGUUCUCAUAAAGCCUCAUAUUUGAAGCAUUCAUAUUUAAAUGCAUGUCAGUGUUGUGAUUACACUUCAGGUGAUGUUGCACAUGUUCCUUAUGGAAGAGUCGGGUCAUUGGAUAAUUUACGUCCAGAUGGCCCUGAAGUCUGUGAAAUACAAGAUAAAACUUAAGUUAUCCCUUCUUUUGCUUUGCUUCUCUCGUCAGCUGUAGUAGAUGUACAUUGUUAGAGAACAUAAUACACAUCACAACUUUCAGGCCUUUCAUAAUGAUUUCAUGGUAUUGAUUUGAAGUACGAUAGUUAUCUGAAAACGGUUUAGAUUGCAUUGAGAUAGUGAGUGGUUGCAUUUUUCAGUUUUUUUUUUUUUAAACACUGUGUGAAAAUGCUUUUAUUUAUUCAUCUAUUAUGUGAUAAAUCAAUAGGUUUAAGUUUCAAAUUAGGUGGAUUUGGAGGCUCGGUAAGGGACCAUUCCUGACACAUGUGGACAGAUAUUUCAUGAUAUAAACAUUUUUUUUAUUAUAAACAACAUAAGAUUUGUUAUGGAGACAAAAAAUGUUGCUAUAGUGCAUAUAGGAUAUUAGCAACAGGCUUGUAAGUAAUGUGUGAAAACAACCUUAUACGUUUCUUAUACGUUGUUAUCAAGAAUGUAGCAGAAUUCUGUUUGCACCCCACCAUCAAGACAACACUGAUUUUUUUCCAUAGAGUACUUUGAUUAUCUGUAAACCAUAUGUAAAAUUUGUUUGAAGAACUGUGCACCAGUUUAUUAAAAAUGUUUUCUCUAAACAGUC